GCCUCAAAUACUAUUUUGGUGCUGAGCCUGCGUUUUGCCAUCCAUAGCCGCCUUCAGAAAGUUGAAAGAUAUAUGUACACCUCGUGCUCCUUUCCAACAGAGAGCGUAUCUUCUAGCCCCGCAGAAGUCCACGAUGUUCUACUCCCAGGACAUCUUCCUGUCGAAAGGUCAAGGAGGCCUCGGCAUCGUUUGGCUAGCUGCAACUUUGGGGCCUAAGCACUCUUUCAAGAAGCUCACGAAACGCGAGGUGAACGGGGUUGAUCUCAUUAAAGCAUGUGAAUUCCUGAGCUCUCCUCCGCAGCCUUUGGCCCUGCGGCUGACAUCUAAUAUGAUGGUCGGAGUGACGAGGGUGUAUUCCGAGCAGUAUGCCUUUUUGUACUCGGAGGUGAACCAGGUGUUCCUCAAACUUAGGCGAUCAUGGGCGGACAAUAUGAGCGGCGACCUUGAUAUGCCUGUCACGGAAGCAAGAUACGACGCAAUCACUCUCCAAACUUCGGAGGCCGAUGAGCUGCAACGCGAACAGCCGCUUGUGCUUAAGCCAAGUCUACUGAAUGAGAAACGGAUGGAUCUGGGCUGGAUCUUCCAAACCGGUCCCAACUCGACCGAAUCUCCGUCUUUCCUCACCGGCAGCCCGUCGGGGCUAGCGUCCAUUUCGUUCGGAGCGCAGCAAUCCAGUGUCAGCUCACCCCACGUUGGUUCCCUGAAGUCCAUCACCUUGGACCAGAGUCACAGACUUUCCGAGAUUUCUUUCCCGCAGGACCGUCGCUUGGAAUUCAAAGGGCAGGAGGACCCUCUCAUGUUAGCAAGCGGCGGGCCGGACUUGAUGAUGGAUGGUGGAGCUGGCGACUUUGACUUGUUUGCGGAUAUUGGAGAUGAUCACAACGCCGCUGCGAAGAAACCGCGUGGGAACAUCGAGAAUCUCGAUAUGCCAUUCCCUGCAUUCGACGACCUGGACAUGGGUCUGCCAGAUCAUGAGCCCAUGCACAUGGCCGCUCAAGCACCCCUUGCGAUGUCGGACCAAGUUGCUCCCGACAUUAUGACUCCUGUCGAGAACUAUGGCGAAGGCGGUGCCCAGACCGAAGCCCAUAGCAAGUUGCGACAGAAGAGGAAGCGCGUCUUCAUUGACAUGGAUACGGAGUUGACCAGUGAAGAUCUGCGUGACAUGCGAAACAAUGCUCUCACCGAUCUGAUGGAAGCUGAGCGCCAAGCUCGUAUCAGGGCCAAGAUCAGGAAAGACAAAGGGCUUCUGCAGACUCUCCUUCGGAUUCCAUCUCUUGAUGUCGGUCCCGCGUUGACUAGUUUCUGGGAGAAGACUGUAAUUGUGAGGAAGAGGGCCGCAGUGCAUACCACAGAGGACCUGCCUCAGACCAAACGCCGCAAGGGUGACGUUGAUAACGCGGAUGCAGCCCACCACGAGACAGCAUCCAGCAGAGACGCAGCAUUUGGUCAAUUUGAAGAUUACUACAACGACGGAGUGCUUUCCAACUCAGUGAUGGACGCCUCUGUAGACGACGCCGAAGUGCUCCGUGCCGGCAACGAGAGACGCAAGAGUGAGCUUAUGCCGUGGCAAAGAAGCUCCCGUGCUGGUUCCGUCGCCUCUGAACAAACCGGAUCAAUCCUUUCGCGUGGCCAAACACCCUUGUCGAAGCGUGCAUCAUUCGCUAUCGGUGAUGAUCCCGCUUAUUCCGGCUUACAACGCUCCGGCUCUUACCUUGGAGGAAUGUUCGGAGAUAUGUCACCAUUGAAAGAUAUCUCCGACAUGCUCGAUGAUGGAGGUUCCCUUGGAGAGCUGAACGAUUCGCAGAUGGCUGGCGCCGACUUGGACGCGCUGCAGUUCUUCGAUUAUGUGAAGGAUCUUACACUCAAUGCGGAGGACGGAAAUGGUGAGAUAAGAUCACAAUGGGCCCUCAUCGUCUCGAACUACGAAUUGACUCCCUCGCCAGUCAUGUUCCUGGACAUGCUACCGCCGGUCGCUACGAGCCGUGCAGCAGCUACCCAGGCUUUUUAUCACGUGCUCGCCUUGGCAUCCCGAGGCGCCCUCAUACCAAUCCAGGAAUUGCCCUACGAAGACAUUCGCUUGCAGAUCGGGGUCUCAUUGUGAAGACCUAUUACUUCCAGGUGCUGGAGGUUCAAGAGGGGACCUCUCAAGUCAUCCAUCGUGUUUUGGAGGCACUUUUUGUGCCCACCAGCGUUCUUUCUUGGUAGUUGGGUUCCUAUUACUGUGCGAUGCACGGUAUUUCGUUUCACCCUCAUCGUUGCGGCGUCUGUUGCGUGUGGUAGAUUUUGUCUUAGUGCCCCUUUCCCCUUCACGUCUGAUUAAAUUGCGUAUGGCCUUUCGAGUCGCUUUGAAGUCUCUUUAUAAGCUUUUGUAUCUCCGCAUUUCAAAUGAAAUAUGAGCAAGAUGUG